CAAACUGUGCUUCACUCCCUCGUCUCCAUCCAGAGCAGACAGACUCCUCCACCAUGACCUCCUACAACCGCUCCAAUACCUUCUCCAACGGAAGCCGUCUCGGCUCCAUGAGGGCCCCCAGCGUGUAUGGCGGCGCCGGCGGCUUUGGAGUCCGCAUCUCCAGCAUGAGCGCUCCCAGAAGCUUCUCCUCUGCUGGCGCAGGGUUUUCCGCCGCCAGUGCCAAGGCCGGUGCCGGAGCCGGAGCCGGCGCCGGCUUCCAGCUGGCCGACGCCAUGGACAUCAACGACAACAAGAAGGCCACCAUGCAGAACCUGAACGACCGCCUGUCCACCUACCUGAACAAGGUGCGCAACCUGGAGAAGGCCAACGCCGAGCUGGAGCUGAAGAUCAGGCAGUUCCUGGAGAACAAGACCAAACCUGAGGGCCACGACUGCGUCGCAUUCAAGGUCGCCAUCAGCGACCUGCAGGACCAGAUCCUCGCUACCACCCGUACUAACGGAUCUCUCUACCUGGCCAUCGAUAAUGCCAAGCUGGCUGCUGAUGACUUCAGAGUCAAGUUUGAGAACGAACUGGCCAUGCGUCAGUCAGUGGAGGCCGACAUCGCCGGACUGAAGAGGGUCCUGGACGAGCUGACUCUGGGAAGAUCCGACCUGGAGAUGCAGAUCGAAGCGCUGAGGGAGGAACUCAUCCAGCUCAAGAAGAACCACGAAGAGGACCUGCUGGCUAUGCGGGCCCAGGUGGGAGGUCAGGUGAACGUGGAGGUGGACGCCGCUCCUCAGGAGGACCUGUCCGGGGUCAUGGCCGGAAUCAGAGAACACUACGAGACCGUCGCCAACAAGAACCGCAGAGACCUGGAGGUCUGGUUCCAGUCCAAGUCUGACGAGGUCAAUAAGGAGGUCGCCGUGAGCACAGAGACUCUGCAGUCAACACGCUCGGAGGUCACAGAGGUCAAACGCUCGCUGCAGAGCCUGGAGAUCGAGCUCCAAGCUCAGCUCAGCAUGAAAGCGUCUCUGGAGGGAACCCUCGCCGACUCCCAGAGUCGCUACACUAACAUGCUAGCAGGUUACCAGCGGCAGGUGUCAGCGCUGGAGGAGCAGCUGGCUCAGCUGAGGGCCGACCUGGAGAGACAAGGACACGACUACAGCAUGCUGCUGGACAUCAAGACCAGACUGGAGAUGGAGAUCGCAGAGUACCGGAGACUGCUGGACGGAGAGAUGUUCAGUCCGUCCUCCAUCACUUCGAACCGUAAAGUUCUGAUUGUCACCAGAGAGUAUGAUGAUGACGAAGCCAAUGAGGAAGAGGAAGAGGACACCUCUGAGACGGAGAAGUGAGACGACAGACGUCCGUCAACACGCCGCCGUUCUCAGAAAUACACAAAUAAAAUACUUCUGAUGAACUGAAACAUG